ACAGAGCAGAGCGCGUCCGGCAGCCGCGGGGACGCAGACGCGCCGGAGAUCACCAUCCGGUCCUAAUUAACUUCACUUUCGCAGUCUGUGAAAACUUCUGCGUGACAUCCCUCGUGUGGUUUUUUUUUGGUCCCUCUUUGUCAUCAUCCGGACUGAGUUUGGAUAUCUGCAGGGGGAGGCGGCAGCGGAGCAGCGGGGCUGCUGUCAGAUGGAGCACCAAGGCUGCGGGAGCUCCGGGCGCACGGCGGACCUGGAGUGAGUGACGCUGGUGGAUGGACGCUGCUCCCCGGUUCAGGCUGUUCACAGCACGGCCAUGACGAGCACCCGGGAGUCCGACCUGCAUGAGCAGCACAGAGGAGCGUCACGGGGGGACGGGAAUGAGAAGGAGGAGGAGGAGGAGGGGGGGGAGAAGGUGCGCGUGUCAGUUGAGGGAGAGCAGAAGGAGCAGGGGGCGGAGGAAGAGGAGGAGGAGGACGAAGGGGACAAGGAGGAGCUUCCCUACCCCUCUCUAGCACCAGUGGUCCUUCUGGCUCUGACCCAAACCAGCCCACCCCGCUCCUGGUGCCUCCGAGCUGUCUGCCACCCAUGGUUUGAGCGUGUGAGCAUUCUUGCAAUCCUGCUCAACUGUGUGACUCUUGGGAUGUUCCAGCCUUGUGACCACACCCCCUUCUUCCUGCAGGCUCUAGAUGAUGGGAUCUUUGCGUUCUUUGCUGGGGAGAUGGUGAUGAAGAUGGUGGCUCUUGGGGUCAUAGGUCAGAGUGGUUACCUAGGUGACACAUGGAACAGACUGGACUUCUUCAUUGUUUUAGUUGGAAUGCUGGAGUACUCCCUUGACGGACACAACGUCAGCCUGUCAGCGAUCAGGACCGUCCGGGUUCUCCGCCCGCUGCGAGCCAUCAACAGAGUUCCCAGUAUGCGCAUCCUGGUCACCCUCCUCCUCGACACACUUCCCAUGCUGGGCAACGUGCUGGCACUGUGCUUCUUUGUCUUCUUCAUCUUUGGCAUCAUUGGCGUGCAGCUAUGGGCGGGGCUCCUGAGGAACCGCUGUUUCAUGGGAGAGGAUGUCAAGAUGAGAUAUAAUGUCUCCUUCCUGAGUGGCUACUAUCGGCCGGAUGGCACCGAUGACCAUCCGUUCAUCUGCUCCAUGGAAAGAGAGAACGGGAUGCUCCGGUGCGCCGACGUGCCUCGCCGCCGCGUCGGCAGGACUCUCUGCGCGCUGGGCGCCGAGGACGCUCGUCCAGAGACGGCACUGAACGACACACGGGAGCCAGUCUCCUGCGUAAACUGGUAUCAAUAUUACAACGAGUGUCGCGCCGGGGAAAUAAACCCACACAAAGGGGCUAUUAACUUUGAUAACAUUGGAUAUGCAUGGAUAGCAAUUUUUCAGGUGAUUACUCUCGAAGGCUGGGUUGACAUCAUGUACUAUGUCAUGGAUGCACAUUCUUUCUACAAUUUCAUCUAUUUCAUUUUUCUCAUUAUAGUGGGCUCCUUCUUCAUGAUCAACCUGUGCCUGGUUGUCAUAGCGACCCAGUUUUCUGAAACCAAGCAGAGGGAACACGCCUUAAUGAAAUCGGAACAGCACGCUCGCCAGCUCCACCAAUCGGCUUCCACGCUGGCCAGCGACAGCCAACCGGGAAGCUGUUACGAGGAGAUCCUCCGCUACCUGGCGCACCUCGGACGCAAGGCGUGGCGACGCGUGUCUCGCUGCUUCGCUCAGACGCGCGCGCGCUAUCACUGCAUGUGCGUGUGCCACAGAAACGCAAGCUCCGGUUCUGCCAGAGGGAGCGGCGGUGGGGAGAUGAAUGGACUUGCCCACAGGCACUCAGGCCACGCCCCCAACGACCUGUCACACCUUCAUCAGCUUUAUCACAACCACCAGCAUCAUCACCAGCAUCAUCCGGCUCAGUGUGAGCCUGCCGUCACUAAUGGAGGGAACGGCUUUAAUUAUCCCUUCAUAUCGCCACUUAUCAGUCACCUGGACACAAAAGGCCGGGACCAGAAAAGAAUGGCUGCCACUGAGACGGUCAGCCGACUGCCAGAGCUGGUGCUGGAGCACGGCGGCUGCGCGGGGCAUCCUGCGUUACCGCUGCCCGGUGAAGUCCCAGGAGAGUCGCCGGCGUGCCCUUACUGCAUCUACUACAACCAACUGAGCGACGGGGAACACGUGCACGAACAGCCUGAAGAUGGGCAGCACGGGUACAACAACUCAUGCCACGGCAACAGCCCGUGUCAUAGUAACAGCCCGUGUCACUGUAGCAGCCCCUGCCGCGGUGACGCGCAGGUGCCUGAGCCAAAGAGAAGCCUGUUGUGGCAUUGCUGGGUGGGCUUUAGGACUAAACUGGAACUCAUUGUUGGCAGCAGAUACUUCAGCAGAGGAAUCAUGAUUGCCAUCCUCAUCAACACACUGUCCAUGGGCAUAGAGUAUCAUGAGCAGCCGCAGGAGCUGACAGAUAUUCUGGAAAUCAGUAACAUGGUGUUCACAAGCCUCUUCAGUCUGGAGAUGCUGCUGAAGCUCCUGGCUCUCGGGCUCUUUGGCUACAUCAAGAACCCUUACAACAGCUUUGACAGCGUCAUUGUCAUCAUCAGUGUGUGGGAGAUCGUCGGGGAGGCGGCGGGAGGCUUGUCCGUGCUGCGUACCUUCCGUCUGCUGAGGGUUUUGAAGCUGGUGCGGUUCCUUCCUGCCUUGAGGAGGCAGCUGGUGGUGCUGAUGAAGACCAUGGACAAUGUGGCCACGUUCUCCAUGUUGCUGAUGCUCUUUAUAUUCAUCUUCAGUAUCUUGGGGAUGCAUCUGUUUGGCUGUAAAUUUGGCUUGAGGCAAGACAGUGGAGACACUUUACCGGACAGGAAGAACUUCGACUCUCUGCUUUGGGCGACUGUCACAGUCUUUCAGAUCCUCACCCAGGAGGACUGGAACGCGGUGCUCUAUAAUGGGAUGGCCUCCACCACGCCGUUGGCUGCCCUCUAUUUUGUUGCCCUCAUGACUUUUGGCAACUACGUCCUCUUCAACUUGCUCGUUGCCAUUUUGGUCGAGGGCUUUCAAGCUGAAGGGGACGCCAACAGGUCUGAGGCAGAUGACGAGAGACAGUCGCUCUCUUUCGAGGAUGAGGAGAAGUUGAGGGAGUUUUAUGCUGCAGAGCUGAAGAUCCAGAAUAUGAUGCUGAGCCCGAAUGGUCUUCUGAACCCAAAAGCCUCCAUGCCCCACCUUCCUCCUCCACCUCUGCCGGUCAUCACACACACCGCGGCCACGCCCACCAUAAACUCCGCCCAGUCGCGGCGAGCGAGCGGCGCUUCCGUGGACGUCAGCUGCCUCGAGCAAAGAUCGGCGAAUCUAUGGGACAGUGGUCCAGAGAGCCGUCGUUCCAGCUGGACGAGCAUGGGCCGAGCCCCCAGCCUCCACAGGAAGAGCCAGUCAGGAGAGAUGGAGUCUCUGCUGUCCGACAUACACUCCAACUCCAACCGCAGCAGCAUGGAGCAGUCUCUGGACCAGCCCGAGUAUCUGCAGGUGCCUGUGCUCCACCCGCCCGACUGCAACGGCACCACCUUUCAUCUCACUGACAACUACUACGACGACGCUCCUCUGACGGCGCACUACCACGGUGAUCUGGAGGAAGACGAGGUUGAAGAGAAUCUAUGUAAGAUGCUGAAGAAAAUCCUGGAGCCAUACAAGCCUCAGUGGUGCCUGGAGCAUGAAGAGUGGUCCCUCUAUCUGUUCUCCCCACAUAACCGGUUCAGGUUGUGGUGUCAGAGGGUCAUAGGUCACAAGCUGUUCGAUCACAUCGUCCUCCUCUUCAUCUUCCUUAAUUGCAUCACCAUUGCCCUGGAGAGACCGGACAUAGAGUCCAACAGCAUGGAGCGGGUGUUCCUCAGUGUGUCCAAUUACAUCUUCACUGUGAUCUUCGUGGGUGAAAUGAUGAUCAAGGUGGUAGCUAUGGGCCUGUACUUUGGAAACAGUGUGUACCUGCAGAGCAGCUGGAAUGUUUUAGACGGGCUGCUGGUGUUUGUGUCGCUGGUGGACAUUCUCGUCUCCAUCGCAUCAUCAGGUGGUAAUCGAAUCCUCGGCAUCCUCCGUGUGCUUCGUCUGCUCCGCACGCUGCGACCUCUCAGGGUAAUAAGUCGGGCUCCGGGUCUGAAACUGGUGGUGGAGACUCUGAUCACAUCUCUCAGACCCAUUGGGAAUAUUGUCCUCAUCUGCUGUGCGUUUUUCAUCGUGUUCGGGAUAUUAGGAGUCCAGCUGUUUAAGGGGAAGUUCUUCACCUGUGACGGGCACGACGUAUCUAACAUCACCAACAAAACCCAGUGUCUGGAGGCAGGAUACCGCUGGGUCCGACGGAAAUACAACUUUGACAAUCUGGGACAGGCGCUGAUGUCGCUGUUCGUGCUGUCGUGUAAAGAUGGCUGGGUCAGCAUCAUGUAUGACGGCCUCGACGCUGUCGGAGUGGAUCAGCAACCAAUCAGAAACAACAACCCCUGGAUGCUGCUGUUCUUCAUCUCUUUCCUCCUCAUCGUCAGCUUCUUUGUGCUCAACAUGUUUGUGGGAGUGGUGGUGGAAAACUUUCACAAGUGUCGCCAGCAGCAGGAGGAGGAGGAGGCGCGGAUCAGGGAGGAGAAGCGACAGAAGCGCUUGGAGAAGAGGAGGAGAAGGGCCCAGGAGAAACCAUAUUACUCAGACUACUCCCCGUUGCGUCGUUCCAUCCACACUGUGUGCACGAGCCACUACCUGGAUCUCUUCAUCACCAUCAUCAUCUUCACAAACCUCCUCACCAUGAGCAUGGAGCACUACAACCAACCUCAGUACCUCAACGAGAUACUGAAGUACUGCAACUACGUCUUCACGGUGGUUUUCGUUGUCGAGGCCAUUCUCAAACUCAUCGCCUUCGGCCUGCGCCGCUUUUUCAAAGAGAGGUGGAACCAGCUGGACCUCGCCAUUGUGUUGAUGUCCAUCAUGGGAAUCGCACUGGAGGAAAUAGACCUGAAUGCUUCUCUGCCCAUCAACCCCACCAUUAUACGCAUCAUGAGAGUCCUGAGGAUAACGCGAGUGCUGAAGCUCUUGAAGAUGGCCACAGGAAUGAGAGCUCUGCUGGACACGGUGAUGCAAGCGCUGCCUCAGGUGGGGAAUCUGGGUCUGCUCUUCAUGUUGCUGUUCUUCAUCUAUGCAGCUCUGGGAGUUGAGCUCUUUGGAAAACUGGAGUGUUCGGACGAGAACCCAUGUGAGGGUCUCAGUCGCCACGCCACCUUCGACAACUUUGGCAUGGCUUUCCUCACACUCUUCAGGGUGUCGACCGGGGACAACUGGAAUGGGAUUAUGAAGGACACGCUGCGUGAUUGCCGCCCACAGGAUCGCAACUGCCUCACUUACCUGCCCUUGAUCUCCCCCAUUUACUUUGUCACCUUCGUCCUUACGGCUCAGUUCGUGCUGGUCAAUGUUGUUGUAGCGGUUUUGAUGAAGCACCUGGAGGAGAGCAACAAGGAGGCGCAGCUGGAGGAGAUGGAAGAGAGACGGGAGAGGGAGGAGAGGGAGGAGGCCAAACGGCGUCAGAGCACUGCGUCCUUGAGUGGAGCUCCGGGGCCAAACACGGAUGCACCCGCUCAGGUGCAGGUUGAGGAUGAGGAGUGUUCCCAAGGCAACAUGUUGAGCAUGGGUGGCAUCGUGCCUCUCCCCAGUGACAGCUACAUUCAGCCACUCAGACGUUCCCCUUAUCCUCACAUUGGCCACGAAGCUUAUUCCGGCUACAGCUUCUCAGGCUCAAUGUCAUCUCUGGGCUCCAGUGGAGGCGGCUCAUUGCUGCAGGUCCCGGGAGCUCUGCCCACCAUAAGCCACGCUUCGCUGGGGUCUGGAUGCAGCUCAAGGCCAAUGAUCUGCCUCACCUCUGGGAGCAAUGACAGAUACCCCUCACACAGACUCAGUCCAGCUGACAGUAUAGAGGGAUACAGGUCCAGUCCUGCUCACAGAAUCAACAGACACAGACUUAACUCUGCUCACAGUAUAGAUGGAUACAGGUUCAGCCCCGCCCAUCGGAUAAACAGACACAGACUCAGCUCCGCUCACAGUAUAGAUGGAUACAGGCUGAAUCAUGAACACAACACAGAGAGACCUAGACUCAUGUCCAGCCACAGUAUAGACAGACAUCCCGCUCACAGUACCAGCAGACGUCCGUCUCACUGGCUCAGUCCUCAGGACAGUUUAGACAGAAACAAGUUGAGUCCCUCCUAUAUCCCAGAUAGUUCAGUCCUGAAGAGACCAGCAUCUUUCCACACCACGAGCAGACAGUUACGCAGACAGGAGGCUGUGCACUGUGACUCAGCUGAUGAUCUGGCAGAGCCUCACCUUACUGUGCCCUCCGCCACUUCCACGCCGCCACGCCAGCGAUCGUCCAGUGUACACACACUGAAAUAUACGCAGCCGCAGAGGGUCAUCUCGUGCAAGAGUCACAGUGAGACCACUGAACAAGAACACGUACCUGAGCAGGUCACCUGUGGCUCGCAGCCGGACACAGACCGCGAGAAAAGGCUGCAGAGCCUGUCCAGCAUGCAGGCAUCUAGUGGUGAAUUCACCCUGUCAGCUUCCCUCUGUAGCUCCAGAGCGGAGGGGAGCUGCGACUCUGGGCACCAGUUGGACGACGCCGACGAGGAAGUCAGUCGUAUUAACAGUUCUGCUCACACUCACUCGCGCACACAACCUCCUGCCAGCUCGUCACACAAAACCAGACACCUUACCCCAAGCCCUGAGGAGCACAGGAGCCGCCUCAGCCAAUCAGUGUCCCCCGUGUCGGGCAGGAACAGGAAGCAGAGGAUGAGCCCGCCACCUGGGGAGGAGCCGGUCACUAUGUCAACCCAACUGAUGGACAGCAGUGUUGACCUGAGGAGACGGACUCUGUCGUUUGAUGCCACAAGCCUCUCGGUUAAUCAGCCCGAGGGAAGCGCAGUGGACGAUUGAACACAUCCAGGGGACUGUGGGUGGAUUGUUUCUUUCUCUCAGUGUGGUGGAGACAGAUGUGCAGCUUGGAGCGCACCAGAGGGGCAAGUUUUCUUGUUUCAGGCCACGCCCCUCGACUCGUCCUUUUUCACAGGGAGGUUAAAUCGGAACGUGUAUGUAUGAGUUAUGUAUGUGAUCCAAGACUUUUACAACGUUGUGUGAUUUGCACACAAGAUGCACACGAGAUGUUUCCUUUCCUUCUAUCAUAGCCCUAUAGCUUUAGUUCAGACAUAGUAGUCUCUCUCCAGCUAUAUUUACCCAAACACUAACCUAGCCCUUGCUUGCUUGCACUCCUCCUUCUUCAUUUACUCUCAUUUCUACUUUGCAUCUCAAGCCUAGGUCAGAGUACAGGACACAAAUCACACAAGAGGUGUAGUAUGCAUUAAAUGGCAUAUCUGCUCAUCGAGAAACACUGACAGAUGAAAAAGCACGUUUUAUUGUGUUUAUAGUCGGCCUCUCUUUAGGACUCGUUCCUUUUUUUAGGUUUAUUUGCAGCAUAGGCAGCUGUUGCAGGUUCUGGAGAAAACAUUGUUACACCAAAGGGACUGUAUGCAGAGGAGUUGUAGUAGAAGAGCCAAUAAAUGUCCUCUGAUUGGUCAAAGUCUCCCACGAUACAGAAUGACAGUGUAUGUUUACAAAAACAAACAAAAUGGUUUUUAAAUGAUAAAGUUCAGCAGUUAUAAAAACCUUUUCUAUGAAACAAUCGCAGACCUGAAAUGGAUUUGUGCAAUUGCCGUUUUACACGAUGUUUUCCUUCAAAAUACAACAGCUUAUUAAAAGUGAAGCAAAGUGAGAAUCUUGUAUUGAAACAAGCUGGACUUUAUAGCUGUUCUAUAGAUAACUAGUCUUCUAAAUUUCCUUUAACCGCCCUCUGGAUGUUGCUUGAUCAAUGUGUGACCAGAGUGAGAAAAACCUUGGUAUUGUUUAUUUUUCAUGGGAUUUUUUUCCUCCCACGUCUGAAUCCUCUCAACCCUGAAGAGUCAGAAAAAGUCAAUCUACCGUUAGAAGUUCCUGUAGUGUGACCUGGGCUUUAGUAGUUUCUACCUCGCUUUUUUUCCUGAACCCCGUCCGAACGUUCAGGCGGCUUAGUUUUCACUCUCCCCUCGACUUUGCUUUUCCUCGUCUUAGUAUUCUCAGGGUAGAGCUAGUUCAGACGCAGGUGAGUGUCAGGCGUGUGACCAGAGGGCUGCAGGGUUACGUUGCCCCCUGCUGUCAGAACCCGAGCUGGCCCGUGUUGCCGAAUGUUUGCAGAGAUUAUACUGAUGAAUGGGUUGGGAGCAGAUGAACAGAAGGGCUUAUUCCGGGGACAUAACGGGGUGUUUAAACUUUAUAAGAGGCUGACACUAUAUUUUAUUAACACAGAGGUGAUGAUAUGAUGAACUUGAAUGUCAUUUUAUGUGCAGGUCAUGAGGACAGAUGAUGCAAAUAAUAUAUAUAUAUAUAUAAUGUUUAGCAGAUUCUUGGAAGCAGGGAUGGCUAUACGGUGAACUCGCCUGGUGGUGAUCGUGAUUGGACUGUGCUGGAAUAAAACCACUUCUUUUCUGACUUUCA